CCUGGGCCAUCCUGUGAUGCAAAAUAGUUAAAAAUAGAUUAAUGUGGGAAUUUCCACUUUCACUUUUCGUCUAUAAAAGUGGCUCGUUCUUGAUUGCCAGACAUCCACCGAGGCGACAACGACCACUGAACAAUCUCUUGGAGUUCUGAAGGCGCUUCAACCUGUAGUUGUCUUCCCAUUUAGCUCCUGUAGUCCAAGUUGCUAACGUCCAAGCAUACACGCAUCACAUCACUUCUAGAUGGAGAGAAUACUCAAUCUCCGAACUCUCCUGAUGAUCCUGCAGGCUUGGGCCAUUGUAGGCUUCGUAUCAUUCGACUCGGCAGACUCCCUGACAUCAAUGAUGACACCUCGCGAGCAAAAGGUACCAGAAGGAGAGAUUUUCGAGCUGAAAUGUGUGUCCCGGAGAGUUCUUACUAACGGCUCCCGGGUGCGUAACGAACUAUACAAAGUGGAAGGCGACAGUCGUUCCUACUUGUCGCCAUCCGAAGCUAACGCUGGUGAGACGAACUACACGAUGCCAGGACCUGACAGGGCUACGGUAACCACUAUCUUCAGACUACAAGCCAAGGAGAACUCGGCAGGGAGGUACGGGUGUGUACCAAUCCUGGAGAAUGCUACACGGCCCGCUACCUUCACAUCGAACCAGAAACGAAGGGAGGUGACAGUGCAAGUUUGUUCAGAGCCAGAACUUGAAGUUGAAGAUAUCGAGAGCGACGGAGAAUUGAUCUAUGUCGGCGCUGAGAGUUGCGGCUACAACGGCGAGUUGACAUGGCGUGUAAACGGUCGCCAAGCACCCCGAAGAUCAACACCAGACGACGAACGAUUUCCAGUCGUGGAAAGAGAAGACAGCUCGCUGAAAAUCCGCAGCGCGAGAUGUCAUGAUGAGACGAUACACAACACGUGUGAAGUUACUGCUGUCUUCACGUACAUUUCUGCCGAGAAGCGCGUCACGAGCGCCAGCAAGACCAAACAGAUCCCAGAUUGCUGUGUUCAAGACGUCUUCCUGCCUACUACUGAAAUUGAGACAAAUGCGGAUACGACCACCAAAGCAUCAUCACCAGCCAUCUUCCCGACUCGUUCCGUGGACGUUGACGAGAAGGAAGUCUUGGCUCUUGAAAAGCAAGUCCUAAAGCUCAAGCUAGAGGCCCUACCGAUGCAGAUCAGGUUCUUGAGACGGUUGAAUAGAGAUCACUCCCAGGGUAGAGACAUGGAAAAGGUGGAAGAUAUCUAGAUGAGUUGACGCAUCCUUGAAUUUUGGCAAAGUCAAGACAAGUACCGUAAUUCAUUAAGCGCUAUUGCGAUUAAACAAAUUACUGUUUAUAUAACAUAUAUUGUAUGUUAAUUGUGCAUGUUUAAACACGUUCAAAAUAUAACCGCACGUUUAAAACAUGUUCAGUAUUUUAAGAGGUCGUUUUCAAUUAAAUCAAAUAAUUGCAUCAAAUAAUGCAAACUGCUUACUGACUGAGUUAACAUGUCAAAAUCAUAACAGUUUGAGGGCCUGUGGUUUCGAUCCUAGCAAGAUCCUACUUAGACAACUGUAAGUUAGCCAUGAUAACCAUGCCGAAUUUUGGGUCACUAAAAAGAAAUAAGAAAUGUAUUUGGAGGGGAUUUUUUUUAAAUGCGCCCCAGUUUUUACUAUGUUUAUAUUUUGAAAAUGUUGAAGCAUAUUGUAUUUAUUGAUCAUGAUUUGAUAAAGUUGCCUACAAUUUAUAAUUACCAGUACUGAUAAGUAUAGCACUUUGAAUUAAAUAAGGCGAUGUAUUACAUAAUGAGCAUGAUUUUAGAUGAAAGUGCUGUGUCUUUUCCUGUAAAAAUUAUCAAGUAAUUUAAAGAACAGUUUUAUUUUCUGGUAAGCUGAUUAUACUAAAAUAAAAGCAAGUGAUGACAAAAAGAUGUCGUGCUUCACUUUAUUAACAUUUGUUAUAUGUCUAAAUUGAUGCGUUACACAAGGCAGUUGUGACAGCUGAACUUCUGAAGCUAUUUUGCAUGUUCCUAAGCAAUUUAGAACGCUGUUCAAUUAAAUUCUAAACAUCAAGAUAGACACAA